ACUUAACAAGUACAAGGUAUAGCCAAGCCUAUGACACAUCUUUGAGGUAGAUUAUAAGUACCAUCGCUGUUGCUGUCUUGCUUGUUGGGUUUGGUCCGAGUCGACACAGAACCUUUUUUGUAGCUCAUCCGAGAUCGCUCAGGGUUCAAUUGGAGGUCAUCAGGUGCUACUUUGGACUGAAAAACUAAAACUAAGAGGAAAAAAAAGUCUGGAGCAAGCGGUGUACAGCAACUCUGCUUUGCGCAUCCAUCUAUCUUAGGUACUUAACAUCUAGAUCUAGACUAGAGUCUAGCUGCAGCCUCGGCACAAGUCCAGCUUCGAAACUAAAGCCAAGGGCAACAGCUCCAACGGGUACCAGUACAUUCCUUCACCGAACAUCACAUCAGUCAGCUCACCCAAUCACAAUGAGGCCGUCAACCCUUCGUGCCAUCAACAGGGCAUUGUCCGGCAAUGGUGCCCGGGCGUACUCCUCCUCGGCCUCCCCCCGACAUCUCAUGUCGAUAGCCGAUCUGACGCCUGCGGAGCUGACAACCCUCGUCCGUUCCGCCGCCGCUCACAAGCAUGCCGUCAAGUCGGGCGCGGGCGCGCCGCUUCAUCUGGCCCAGUCUCUUACCGGCAAGACUGUCGCCAUGAUGUUCAGCAAGCGCAGCACCCGUACCCGCGUGUCGACUGAGGCUGCGGUUGCUAUGAUGGGCGGUCAUCCCAUGUUUCUGGGCAAGGACGACAUUCAACUUGGGGUCAAUGAAUCACUUCUAGACACCUCAACAGUGAUAUCCUCCAUGACCUCUUGCAUGGUUGCCCGCGUUGGACCCCACUCGGACGUGGCAGGUCUGGCCCAGCACUCGUCCGUCCCGGUUAUCAACGCCCUGUCGGAUGAUUUCCACCCUCUCCAGACCAUCGCCGACUUCCUGACCAUCCACUCCCACCACCCUUCCUCUAAACCAAGCUCUCUAGGUCUUGAGGGUCUCAAGAUUGCCUGGAUCGGCGACUCGAACAACGUGCUGUUCGACCUCGCCCUCGGCGCCGCCAAGCUCGGCUGCCACGUCGCCGUGGCCUCUCCCACCGGCUAUGGCAUCCCCGAGAACAUGAGGACGCUGAUUCAGUCCGCCGCCAAGGCAUCCGGCUCCGGCGGCUCUCUCUCCGAGACCACCGUCCCCGAGGAGGCCGUCAAGGACGCCGACAUACUCGUUACCGAUACCUGGGUGUCGAUGGGCCAGGAGGCCGAGACCAAGAAGCGCCUCGCCGCUUUUGCCGGCUUCCAAAUCACAAACGACCUCGCCAAGCGCGGCGGCGCCAAGGAGGGUUGGAAGUUCAUGCACUGCCUGCCCCGCCACCCUGAGGAGGUUGCCGACGAGGUCUUUUACAGCCCCAGGUCGCUGGUCUUUGAGGAGGCCGAGAACAGGCUGUGGGCUGCUGUUGCUGCCCUCGAGGGAUUUGUGGUAAACAAGGGGAAAAUCUGAUGAGUCAAAACAAGCAAAGUUGCAACCAUGAAAAAAGUGAUUUCGCUGUAGAGAAAAGAGUUAAAAAGUAAAAGAACCUAGCGUGGUCGGCUGCGUGCAUAUGCUGCUAAAUAAAACAUAUCGAUCAAGGUUGAUUAGGUGCGCCUGAAUCGAUGGGCCAAUUAUCUGCAAAGCAGUGAUCCCC